CACAGAUCAAUCUGUGCAACGGUGGUGCAGGCACGACCGCCAUGACAGGCCUUCCAAAAAUACCCAAUGGGUAUGGAGACCAGAAGAAGCCCAUGGCUACUCUCACACACCUGCCCAAACGUCCCCCAGUAGACAUCGAGUUCUCAGACUUAUCAUACUCAGUUAGCGAAGGAAGAAAAAGGGGAUACAAAGCUUUGCUCAAAUGCAUAAAUGGCACAUUCAGAUCUGGAGAACUUACGGCCAUUAUGGGACCUUCUGGGGCUGGGAAAAGUACGCUUAUGAAUAUUUUAGCGGGAUACAAAACGUCCAAUGUCAGCGGAUCGAUACUCAUAAACGGCAAGGAGCGAAACUUGAGACGGUUCAGAAAGUUGUCCUGUUACAUAAUGCAGGAUGACUGUUUGUUACCACAUCUCACAGUGAAAGAGGCUAUGCACGUGUCGGCGAAUCUUAAGUUAGGGAAAGACAUGACAGUCACUGCCAAGAAGAUCGUCAUAGACGAGAUUUUGGAAAUGUUGGGGCUCGCUGAAGCUGGCGAUACAAGGACUAUAAACUUAUCAGGCGGCCAGAAGAAGCGGCUGUCCAUAGCUUUAGAGUUAGUUAACAACCCACCUGUGAUGUUCUUCGAUGAGCCUACAUCAGGAUUGGACAGUUCAUCGUGUUUCCAAUGUAUAUCACUAUUGAAGUCACUAGCCCGUGGCGGUAGAACUAUCAUAUGCACCAUACAUCAACCGUCCGCAAGGCUUUUUGAGAUGUUCGACUUUUUGUACACAUUGGCUGAGGGGCAGUGUAUAUACCAGGGGAAAGUUAGUGGUUUAGUGCCGUUCUUGUCUUCAAUGGGUCUCCACUGUCCGAGUUACCACAAUCCUGCUGAUUACGUGAUGGAAGUAGCAACAGGAGAACACGGUGACUGGGUGCACAAGCUGGUGAUGGCAGUGAACAAAGGCAACUGUGGCCGAGGGCAGUCCUCAUCAUCAUCAUCAUCGUCCUCCGUACCACAGAACAUGAACUACAACAAUCAAACUAGCAAGAACAAUGCCCAAAAAGCGGAGCAGCAAGCACUCGCUAUUGUGAUAGAUAAACCAACCUGUACUGUGAUAGACAUGUCCGAACCAGUUCUAAAUCCUGAGAAGCAGAACGCUUUACCCAACACCACGAACCUUGCACCAGUUACAUGCACCACCUCACUCCUGGACUCCAGCGAAAGCUUCACAAAGAAACCAAUCAAGACCGGCUUCCCAACAUCAGGAUGGAAGCAAUUUUGGAUCUUAUUGAAACGUACUUUUAGAAGUAUUUUGCGAGAUCAGAUGUUGACGCACUUAAGGCUAUGUUCGCAUACAGUGGUGGGGCUGUUAAUUGGGUUCUUGUAUUAUGAUAUUGGAAGAGAUGCCGCGAAGGUGAUGAGCAACGCUGGCUGUAUAUUCUUUACUGUGAUGUUCACUAUGUUUACUGCUAUGAUGCCUACUAUUCUUACAUUCCCUACUGAGAUGAGCGUGUUUGUGAGAGAGCAUUUGAACUACUGGUACUCGUUGAAAGCCUUCUACUUCGCUAAAACUAUGGCGGAUCUACCGUUCCAGAUAGUCUUCAGUGGCGUCUACGUAAUGAUAGUGUACUUCAUGACUGGCCAGCCAAUGCAGACAGAUCGGGUUCUCAUGUUCACGACCAUUAAUAUCCUGACGGCCCUGGUGGCGCAAUCCCUCGGCUUGCUCAUCGGGGCCGCUAUGAAGAUAGAGACCGGGGUCUACCUGGGACCAGUCACUACUAUCCCUGUAGUACUCUUCUCAGGCUUCUUUGUUAACUUCAACGCAAUUCCUAACUAUCUACAAUGGCUUACUUACCUCAGCUACGUUCGAUACGGAUUCGAAGGAGCCAUGCUGUCAGUUUACGGCUUUGGAAGAGAAAAAUUACAUUGUUCCGAAGCUUACUGUCAUUUCAGAAAUCCUAACUUGUUCUUGAAGGAAAUGACUAUGGAUAAGGCGAAUUUCUGGAUCGAUGUCGGCGCACUAAGCGCACUCUUCGUCUUCAUUAGGGUAAUCUCUUAUUUAGUCUUAAGGUUCAAAUUGAAGAUGAUGCAGUAGACGCAUGCACAAAACGAUCAGCUUCGUUGGCGAUGAUUUAUUCUUUCAAUUUGUCGAUUUUGAUGGAAUCGGAGUUAAGUUUAAGAAUGUUGGCGUGGUUGAGUUGGUGUGAUUGUACCAAGAGGAUAUUAUGAAUCAUUCCUACGGAUAAAUUAUUACGUUGAAGUUUGUUGGAGCUUCGUGUGAUUGAUGAUGAGGUGUUCAGGCUCGUAGAGUUAUGGGAGAUUGUUUUUAAUAUAAACGUGUUGUCACAGCUAGCUAUGCUUUAAUAUUAGGAACGUACUUAAUGGGGUAUGCCCCAUAUAGCUCAACGGUCUUAAGUCCGAUUCUAUUCCAAAAACUUUGAUCAUCACGGAUUCUGAUAGCAAGUUCGUAGUAAUAAUAAUAAAAUAGUUUUCGAAAUACUUUAGCUUUUUAGUACGCAGAUAAAUUUAGAUUGUUUAUACGUACCCAUAGGGGAUAGGCGUUAAGGUUUUAUAGGAAAUCGGGCCCAUGACUUAAAUUUUAAGUUCCUUAUUUAGUGAUUUUUCAUACGUUAGUUUACGAUUCAUUUAAAACAUCACGCGUAGGCGAUAUCUACUUGUAUGUACUCAACAUUCUUAGGUAUUUAAUUAGUAUUUUAAAGUACUUUUCAUUACGCUAAAGAUUUUUUCGUAAAUCUCUAUGUCUAUCCUAAUUACCAGUAUUUAUUAUUAAAUAAACGACUGUGAUUUUUAUAAUGGUG